AUGGGUAGAAUUCAUGGCUUUUUAGGAGGUGUAUUGCUAACAUCAUCUUUGGCUUAUUCCACAGGCCAAUAUAUUAACAAAAACCAACAGUUCAUCUCACAAAGUUUACGUCAGUCAGACUAUAUCAUCAAUAAUCGAAUUUUAAGUGAUGCCGAUGCCAAAUUGCGUGAAAAUUACGUGCCAGACUCACAUGUCAAAUAUCAAUCUCGAGUGAAUUUUGCUGAAACUUGCAAGGAUAUUUGGAAUGAAGAAAUCAUAACCAUGGUGAACUGGGUGUAUAGUCUUAAUUGGUACAAAAUGGGUUUAGAUAUUGAUGCUAAAGUGAAUCAAUGGACUGACAGAAUUGCUGAAUCUGUUGCCAAGAAGGCUGAAGAAAAGAAAUAG